AUGCAAGUGAAGGAGAAUGUUGUUAGUUUCCAAGGAUUCAAAAUUUUAUUAUAUCUUUGUGGUAUAUUGUGUUUAAUAUUGAUUUAUGUGAAAUAUUUUAAGAGAAAUCGUUAUUAUAUCAUAACUUCGCAAUUACCAACAGUAAGAGGUUUUCCGUUUUUGGGAAUCGCAUAUAAAUUAAUUCCAAUGAAAAAGUUUCUAUACAUUCUGGAAUCGUACUUCAUUAAGUUUAAGAGUUGGAAUUAUUUCGCCUGGAUUGGGCCUCAACCGUUUCUUGUUACCGUGGAUCUAGAUAUGAUAAAAGAAAUACUCACUUCAAAUAGAUUUAUAAAUAAAUCUGCAACGAUGUAUUCAGCCAUCGAUAAUGCAAUUCCAAAGGGACUUAUUACUAGCCCAGGGGAGAAAUGGAAGCACAAUCGAAAGCUCAUGAACUCAACAUUCACUCACAAAACCAUCAUUAAAUUUAUACCAAUAUUCAAGGAUGGUGCUCAGGCCUUGGUGGAGAGGCUGAAUAAUAAUGUCGGAAACGGAGAAUGUGAAGUAUUCGAAAUAAUAAAGCGAACAUUUUUAGAUAUGGCUAUGGAAACUACAAUGGGGGUUGGCCUUUAUAAGGGAAACGAUAAUCACAACGAAAUGAUUCGCGGAUUUAAUUACAUGUUGGAACAAGUCGCUAAUGGAGCUAUGUUUAGCACAUUAAAGGUCGGAUUUUUAACUUACACACCCAGAUACUAUAAAACGAAGCAACUUAUAAAGGACUAUAUAGAAACGUUAAUUGAAGAUAAGCGAAAGGCAAAUGAUGGGACUAUUGACAGCAAAAAUAUGAACGUAACGUCGGAGGAGGUAGAUAUAAAAAAGGAUGCUGAUAUUUUUAUAAAUCGUGCCCUCAACUUUCAAGAUCAAAGCUUAUUUCAACAUGCCGACGUAUUAAACGAAACCCAAACUGUUAUUGCUGGGUCAUUCGACACCGUUUCAACACAAAUUUACUCAAUUCUUAUAAUGCUUGCCAUGCACCCAAACAUUCAACAAAGACUCUUCGAAGAAACGGAAGAAAUAAUUUCUGUCGAAAAUAUGUCUAUUGAAUACGAACAACUCAAACAAUUUUCUUACAUGGACCUUGUAAUUAAAGAAACCCUUCGACUUAUGCCAUCAAUACCCAUUAUAGGUCGGGAAGCUGUGAAGGAUGUUACAUUAAACGGUAUCAAUGUUCCUAAAGGCCUGCAAGUAAUGAUACCAAUUUUCAUACUGCACAGGCGCACAGAUUUAUGGGGUCCUUUGGCACAUUCAUUUAACCCAGACAAUUUUCUACCAGAAAACAAUUGCAAACGUCACCCUUGGGCAUACAUUCCAUUCUCUAAAGGUUCACGAAAUUGUAUUGGUUGGCAUUAUGCUGAAGUGGUUUUGCGUGUUAUGCUUUUAAGUUUGAUUCGUAAUUUCAAAUUCACUACUUCAUUCCGGUACGAAGAUCUUAUUUUUUCUGAUCAUAUUAGUUUGAGGUAUGUUGAAGAACCCAAACUACAGAUAUGCCGAAGAAAUGAAUUUUUGGAAAGAAUUAAUUGA